GUCCGUCCCCAAGAAGCGGUGUAUGCAUCCGAUCCCCCAAAUUACCCAACCAAUAGAACCAUUCAAUAAUUUUGCACCCGGAGCGGAGCGAACGCUCCAAACGGCGCGUUAAUCUCACACAAAUGUCCACUGUUAAGGAACAAAUCGCCGGCGGCGAGUCAACUCCCGGCGAUCCCCCUGCCAUUCCCGAUAAAAAGAAGAAAACAUUCCUAGUACUCUUCGCCUCAUUCCUCGUGGUAGCUGCGGUGGUCGGAGUUGUUUCCGUCCGGGAAAUUAAAUCCACCGGAAGCUCACUUCCUCCGGCGGCUCACGCCAUCGUGAAAUCCUCGUGCGCCAGCACGCGCUACCCUGACCUCUGCUUCUCCGCCAUCGCCAACUCCUCCGCCGCCGCCCGCAAGAAAAUCACCACCCAGAAGGACGUCAUCGCGCUGUCGAUUAACAUCACCCACACGGUGGUGGAGCACAACUACUUCGCCAUCGAGAAGAUCUUGAACUCGACGAGGAGGCGGAAACUGACGGCGCGUGAGGUAACGGCGUUACACGACUGCCUCGAGAUGGUGGAUGAGACUCUGGACGAGCUCCACAAGGCCGCCGCCGAUCUCGAAAAGUACCCGGCGACGGAUAAGUCGCUCCGGCUUCACGCCGACGACCUGAAAACGCUCAUCAGCUCCGCCUUGACCAACCAGGACACCUGCCUCGACGGAUUCUCCCACGAAGAUGCCGACAAGGAAGUCCGAGAUUUGCUCGUCGCCGGCCAAAACCACGUGGAGAAUAUGUGCAGCAACGCGCUGGCGAUGAUAAAGAACAUGACGGACUCCGACAUUCUUGAAGAACAGAGGAAACAGAGUAGGACGACCACCACCAGCCGGAAGCUGAAAGAGGAGGGCGGCGGCGAGUGGCCGGAGUGGAUGCCGGCGGGGACGAGAAGGCUGCUGCAGUCCCCGACCGUGGAGGCGGACGUCGUGGUGGCGGCGGACGGAAGCGGGAACUACACAACGGUGACGGAGGCGGUGGCGAACGCGCCGGAGAAGAGCAGCAAAAGGUACGUGAUAAAGAUAAAGGCAGGGGUGUAUAGGGAAAACGUGGAGGUGCCGAAGAAGAAGACGAACAUAAUGUUCUUGGGAGAGGGGAGAACCAACACCAUUAUCACCGGAAAUCGCAAUGUCGUCGACGGCACCACCACCUUCCACUCCGCCACCGUCGCUGCAGUCGGUCCGGGAUUCUUGGCGCGAGACAUAACAUUCCAGAACACGGCCGGGCAGGAGAAGCACCAGGCGGUGGCGCUCCGGGUGGGCUCCGAUCUGUCGGCGUUCUAUCGAUGCGACAUCCUCGCGUACCAAGACACGCUCUACGUCCACUCCAACCGUCACUUCUUCGUCGAAUGCCUCAUCGCCGGCACGGUGGAUUUCAUCUUCGGGAACGGGGCGGCGGUGUUCCAGGACUGCGACAUCCACGCCCGCCGGCCCAGUCCCGGCCAGAAGAACAUGAUCACCGCCCAGGGGCGAAAGGACCCGGGUCAGAACACCGGAAUUGUGAUCCAGAACAGCCGAAUCGGGGCGACUUCAGAUCUGAAGCCCGUUCAGGCGAAUUUCCCGACGUACCUCGGCCGGCCAUGGAAGGAAUUCUCCCGGACUGUGAUUAUGCAGAGCUCGAUCAGCGACGUCAUCCACCCGGCGGGCUGGCACGAAUGGGCCGGAGAUUUUGCGCUCGGAACGUUAGUCUACGGCGAGUAUGCCAACACCGGUGACGGAGCUAAUACGGCGGGGAGAGUCAAUUGGAAAGGGUACAAGGUGAUUACGAACGCCAGUGAGGCGGAGGAGUACGCGGCGGAGUCGUUCAUCGCCGGCGGCAUGUGGUUGAAUGGGACCGGGUUUCCUUACACUUUGGGCCUCAAAGCAUGACCCGGCCUUUUAGGUGCUUGAUUUGAUCUGCGUAAUUUUAAUGGGCUUGAUUUGGGUCAGCCCUGUCCAUGGGCUUGAGGCCGAGUAUUAUUUUGUUUUCUUUAUGUGUAAUAUAAUAAUUCCACUAAUAGUACUCUAUUUGUUUGAGAUAUGAUAUGUAAAAGUCCCAUUCAUAUGCUACUCUUUGUUUAAUUGUUUUUUUCUAAUGAACCUAACAAAAAAAUGUAUGGGAA